AUGAGCUCACAGGCAUUUCUCAAUUAUCCUCCGCCGCGCGAAGGCCCUUCAGUGCCAUACAAGAAUGAGGAGCAGACCAUUCCGGUCUUCCGCGGCACAUCGUUGGCCAUCGGCGCAACAUUAAUCCAUAAUAUCGGCUUUAUCCAGAGCCAUUUCUGGCGCAAUGCUGGUUUCGGCGUCAUCCGCGAGAUCCCCCACCUCAGCCAAUACGCUGGUCGCUACGAUCCAACCGUGAUUCCCAUCGACAACACUAGCGAAGACAAGCCAAGAGAUACAGCUCCUGUGGAGCGGAGAAAAGGAGAUAACGGAUAUUAUACCUCUGCCGACUACCAUGCGCUCUACUCGUCCGGCGAGCUGACCCCGAUCGCCGUCAUUGAGACACUACUCCCUCUGAUCCGACGUGAUUUUCAGCCAGCUGGGAAACACGCCACUGCUUUCCUUGAGUCGCAAGCUGAUGUAAUCCUUGCAGCGGCAGAAGCAUCCGCCCAGCGAUACAAGAAGGGCCAGCCGCUAGGCCCUCUUGAUGGUAUCCCGGUCGCAGUGAAGGACGAAGUGCACAUCACCGGAUAUAGGCGCACACUAGGCACCAAGCUGGACUUCAAGCAUGGCACCGACGCGACAUCAUGGUGUGUGAAGCAGUGGUUGGAUGCUGGAGCUAUAGUAAUUGGAAAGACCACCAUGCACGAACUGGGUCUUGAUACUAACAACAAUAAUCCAAACUAUGGGACUCCGAAGAACCCCCACAAUAAGGACUAUUACUGUGGCGGUUCAUCUGGCGGCUCCGGAUAUGCUGUCGGGGCUGGACUUGUGCCGAUUGCACUCGGUGCCGAUGGUGGAGGCUCAAUUCGCAUUCCAUCAUCAUUCUGUGGCAUUUGGGGAUUGAAAACUUCUCAUGGUCGAGUAUCUGGUGCGCCGUCUUUGAGUCUUGCGCCCACUGUCGGCGUCCUCGGGCCCAUGGCAGCCAGCAUCGAUGACCUUGCUCUCGCCUACCGCACUAUGGCCACACCAGCACCAGCCUCGGAAGAUCCAAUUUCAUCACAAUUCCCAAACCCAGUGCCAGCUUCUCCCGGCGCCAAGAGGACCAAGACAAUUGGUAUUGUUCGUGACUGGAUCGAUCGGGCCGAAGGCCCGGUGCGCGCUACCCUGGAUCGAGCACUCGAAUACUACGGCCAGGAAGGUUACAACAUUGUCGACAUCUCAAUCCCAUAUCUUCCAGAGGGCCAGCGAGCUCACGUUCUGACCAUCAUGGCCGAAAUUGCAUCCGGUGUCGAUGCGAGCCAGAUCCGACAGCUCACGGCCCCGAACAAAGUGCUCGUCUCCAUGGGAAUGUGGCAGAUCACUGCCCAAGAUUUGCUUGCCGCUCAGCGCUUGCGCAACUUGAUCAUGACACACAUGGCUCACCUUUUCAAGACUCACCCUGGACUACUUAUCGUGACCCCGACAACUCCCAUUCCCGGUUGGCACAUCGAUGGCGGCGAGGCAGACUUGUCUCGAGGAUUGUCGGAUGGCAAGUCUUCUGUCCGUAAUAUGGAAUAUGUUUGGCUGGCCAACUUUACUGGUUGCCCUUCAAUCAGCUGUCCUGCCGGUUACAGCCCGGAUGGCGGCGUGCCUAUCGGUAUAAUGGCCAUGAGCGAAUGGGGUUCCGAGGAGGAACUGAUCGCGUUUGCUCGGGAUGGUGAAGCCAUCUUGGAUCUCCCUGGUAGCCGGCCUCCCCUUGAGGACGAGAACGCUGCCUCCACUAUGAAGGGCCUCAGGAUCCCCUCCAAUGAUGCCUCGGUUUGGGAGGACGUUAUUGGCCAAGCUAAGUCGAAAUGA